UCGAUCAGUUCACUCAAUAUCCCAUCCAGCUCCGAUGGAUCAGGCCGCACCACAGCCGGCUCCAGCAGUUCACCAAGCAUCACAGCCAUCUCGAUCAGUUCAUUCGACAUCAAAUUUGGCUUCGACAGAUCAGGACUCACCACAACCAUCUCUGUCAGUUCACUCGACAUCACAUUUGGCUUCGACAGAUCGGGACUCAACACAGCCAGCUCCAACAGUUCAGGCCGCAUCCAAAAAGUGUUCUAGGUCGCAUUGGAUUGUAGACGCAAUAGCCAAGUGAUGCGGCUAGUGGAUCCCUUUCGCCCAUGGAUGCAAGAAGAUCAUGCGGUGAUAGUAAUCCUAGUGACAACCGUUGAUUUCAUUGUAUUGUUUGGUAGGAACGGAUGUUAGAACGCUGAAGUGAAUGUAUUGUGUUUAAAUUUAGUUUUUGAGUGAUCUGAUAAUGCUACUUAAAUUUUUAGUUUAAAAAACUAAUGGUACUUUAUGAUAACAUUUGUGAUUUUACGAUA